AUGGGAAAUAAUAUUAAAUCAGCCAGUAAUGAUCGGGAGGCCCCUACUAGGAGUUUAUAUGAAGAAGAGGUAUCCCCAUCAGCUUCAUCAUCAACAAAUUAUCAAGACGAUUUGCAGAGUUACAAGUCAUAUAUUACACAACAUCAAAUUAUUGAUCAAAUACAAUUUCGAUCACUUCCCGAUAAGUUUUGUAGUGUGAGAAUUUUGAUAAUGCAAAGUGGAAUGAAUGGCAAUACACUCAUGUACGAUACUCAUCAUGAUAAUAACUUUAAACAAUUUAAAGCCAAAUUAAAUCAAAAUACAAAGGAGGUUAAUGAAAGAUUUAGAAAAAUGCAAAUGUUGAAGAGUACAAGAGCUGUCAACAAGAUUAAGACCAGCUCACCAUCUUUGAAACCACUAUUGGGAGGUUUAUCUCAAAAUAAUUUGAAUCAAUCCUUCCAAUCACAAACAAAUAAUACUUCGAGUAAUAAUAAUAUUAAUAACAAACAAUCAGUGGGAAUGAACGAUACUAGUAUUCUAGGUGAAAUAUUAUUUGGAUCUAUUCCAAUACAGAUACUUGGACAAAAUACUAAAAUUCACACUCUUUCACAGCACAAACAAACCUGUCUCAGUAAGGUGUUCAGAGUUGGUUUGCCAGUCAGUACAAUAAUUAAGACAGACGUACAGAGUGAUCAUGGAGAUGACUCUAGCUCAACAUCAAAGGAUAUUCCACCAAAUACAGAACCAAAUCCAAACCCCGUUAGCACAUCACCAACACCAUCACCAACUGUGAGAAAUAGAGCUGUCAGUAUAAUUCAACAACCAAAUGCAAACCAAGUAUCAGCAACUGCUUAUAGUCCAAACACCUUGGGUACUCGUAAUAGAAGCUAUUCCACAUCUGUUACAGAUGCCAUUAGAGAUAAUUUCACUGAAAAAGCAGCUGCUGCCUCUACUACCACUGAAGAUACAAAGCAAGCUCACAAGAAGAAAGACAGAAAAAAGAAGCUACACAAAGAUCAGGAUAUUUCAUUCAUGUGCAAAUCUUCAUUUGGAAUAGCUGUCUUAUUGGUUUUCCAUGACUGUGGAGAAGAUAAGGAUGAGCUUCAAAAUCCAAGUCAGUUGCAAAGACUCAUAUUCUCUCACUUCCCAAUAUUUGAACACAAACUGAGAAAAUUGCUCAACUCUUGUAAAAACUCAAUUCAAAACUACCUGAAGAAGAAAGUUGAUGAAGCUCGAGAAUCAGACAAGCUAGACGAAAUUUUCAGUGGUUUUACUUUCAAUAUCAAAUCAUUCCAUGGAUGUCUUCAAGAUUCUGAAGAAAUUUCUAAUGCAUCCAUAGAUUUCAACAAGUUUAUUAUCUCUUUCCUACAUGCGCCUCGUUUCAAUGAACCAAUUUGGCAAUCACAAUCACUUUUGCCUCUUGAAAAAUCUAACAAUUUCUCUACCUUUUUAACUGAUCUUGCCUUGCUAACGAGGAAAGACGAACAACAUCUUUCAUUCUUUUCUCUAGUGUUGACUACCAUUUUAUCAAACCACCUUUCAUGGGUUUCACAAUUCAUACAAUCUGAAAGGAGUGACUGUGAUGAUAAUCCUUCACUACUCAUUCAGAAAUAUCUAAAAUCUCUGUAUGGAAGUGGCUACCUUCCAACAUUGACAUCUGGUGAACAAGACAAGAAAGGUCUGAAAAAGUUUUGUAAAAUAAUUGUUGUUGGAAGUAAUAACAAAGAUAUUAGAUAUUGUAUAUCCAUGAUUACGUUCCUCCUUCAAUCAACUCUACUUUUAGAAAAAGAAUUUUCCAUUGACAAGCCUCAACAAUCCUCCAAUCUCGAUUCUAAAUUCCUUCCAGAAACUCUUUUAACCCUAACUCCAAUGCAAUUUGUUGAAAUGAAACCUCCACUUAAAACUAAGCCACGACAAAAACACUCCCACGACACAACGAAUCCAAAUAUAGCUAUUCAUACAAUAGAGAGUGAUUCAGAUGAAGAUUCUGAAUAUCAUAUCAAACCUGUAGUUUUAGUUCCAAAACCUAAUUUCACACUUGCAGCUUAUGACAAUAACGUUGAGGAAAUGAAUUUGAAAAUGAAAUUCAACAAGUUUGGAAAUUCACUUUUUGCUGACGUUUGUACGUGGUAUUGUGGUGGAUUCGUAAUAUCUGGCUUGCCUAGGUAUGUCAAUUUCCAAAAGGAGCUCAUAGAAGACUUGGAAUUCAUUCAAACAGAAAGCAUUGAUGGAGAUCCAAGAUUACCAGAUGUAGCCAGUUGCAUUAUAAUUGAUAUUGAAGGAAGGUCUUGCAAUGUUGUAACGAGUAAGCACAAGACAGCUAAAUUCGAAGAAGGUCAUAACUCUAGCAUAAUCUCCAAGUUAUUGCACGAACUUUUAUUCCUUAGAUCAGUAGAUCAGACAUCAGAAGGUGAAAAAGCAUGUGAGCAGAUAUUUAAAGAUACACUUUAUGGACUAGUUCUAAAGACCAAGCUUAUGUUUUCAAUUGUGGACUCGAUAGAUUCGGAAACGAAUAGAAUUAUACCAACAAACGCCGUUCAUUGGCGCUCUGAUUCCAAACAAACACCAACAAAGAGUUUAUCAGAACAACUCAAAAAGAUACUUGUAUCCAAACCUAAGAAGAAUGGAUCUGAGAGAAUCACCUACGAGCAAUUGUCUCAUCUAUUACAUGUUAAUAUUUCAGACAUACCCUUACUCAUGUCCAUUGCCAGUGCUUUCCGUAGUGAUAUUUCAAAGAAGGUCAUUCCACAUAAAGUGUCAAAAAAGAAAAAACGAUAA